AUGAAAAUUGUAAUCCAGAAGGUCACCAGGGCAUCUGUUACUGUUGAGAAUCAGGUCAUAUCCUCCAUUCAGAAGGGUCUUAUGCUUCUUGUGGGUAUUAGUGUCAACGAUACAAAGGAAGACGCCGACAAACUUUGCAAGAAGGUGGUUAACUUACGAUUAUUUGAGGAUGAAGUCGACGGCAAGUUUUGGAAGAAAAGCGUCAAGGAGAUCAACGGGGAAAUCUUAUCGGUAUCGCAGUUCACCUUGAUGGCGAAAACACGGAAGGGAACUAAACCUGACUUUCAUUUGGCACAAAAGGGGGAAAUUGCUAAAGAAUUGUAUGAUUACUUUCUAGGGCUUAUGAGAAGUGAGGUUGGUGAAAAUAACGUUAAAGAUGGCCAAUUUGGGGCGAUGAUGGAUGUCAGUUUGAACAACGACGGGCCAGUAACAAUAUUACUAGACUCUCAGGAAAAUAAAUAG